GUGUGGUUUGUGUGAGAGAGUGAGUAUUGGGGAGAGAGAGGGGGAGUGAGAGGGGAAUGAAGUGUACGUACGAUAGGCUUAGCAUUGGUUUGACUUUGAAAUUGAAGGACACAUUGAGUCAGACAUUGAAGUGAAGUGUUGUUCACAAUUGUCUCGCAUUUGAAUCCAAUCUCCAGAACCGGUGUCUCUCUUGUCUUCAAAUCUCAUUUCAUUACAAAUUCAGAAUCUUCAGCAAAAGAUGGCAAAAGUGGGAAUCAAUGGUUUCGGACGUAUCGGACGUCUGGUGUUGAGAGCGGCUCUGGAGAAGGGCGUGAAUGUGUUGGCCGUAAACGACCCGUUCAUUGACGUCCAGUAUAUGGUAUAUAUGUUUAGAUACGACUCAACUCACGGCAGAUUCAAAGGCGAGGUGAAGGAAGAGGGAGGCCUUCUGGUGGUGGACGGCAAACGCAUCCACGUAUUCCAAGAGCGCAAUCCCGCAGACAUUCCGUGGGCUAAAGUGGGCGUCGAGUAUGUGGUGGAGUCGACCGGUGUGUUCACGACUCUGGAAAAGGCCAAAAGUCAUGUCAACGGAGGCGCGAAGAAAGUGAUUAUAUCGGCGCCGUCUGCGGACGCGCCUAUGUUUGUGAUGGGAGUCAACCAUCAGGACUACAACCCAUCGCAACAGAUCGUGUCGAACGCCUCGUGUACUACCAAUUGUUUGGCUCCGUUGGCCAAAGUAAUCAAUGAUAAUUUCGGUAUCGAAGAGGGACUCAUGUCCACCAUUCACGCCGUGACCGCCACCCAGAAGACAGUGGACGGCCCGAGUGGUAAGCUGUGGCGCGACGGCAGAGGCGCCGCUCAGAAUAUCAUCCCCGCGUCGACCGGUGCGGCCAAAGCUGUCGGCAAAGUCAUCCCCGAACUGAAUGGCAAACUGACGGGAAUGGCGUUCAGAGUUCCCGUUCCGGACGUGUCUGUCGUCGAUCUGACGGUUCGUCUAAAAAAGGAGGCCUCUUAUGAUGACAUCAAAGCUGUGGUAAAGGCGGCCGCAGAGAGCGACCACUGGAAGGGUAUUCUCGGAUACACUGAUGAGGAGGUCGUCUCGAGUGACUUCAUUGGCGACACUCAUAGCUCCAUAUUUGACGCAAAGGCCGGCCUAUCGUUGAACAAGACGUUCGUCAAACUGGUCACGUGGUAUGACAACGAGUACGGCUACAGCAACCGUGUGGUAGACCUCAUCAAAUAUAUGUACACUAAGGACACUCAGGCCUAAGCACUGACAGCCGUCGGACGUGUCCUCCCUUUUAUCAAUUCUACCGAUAAAUUUAAUGUCUAAUGUAAUCAAUAGUAAUAAUGAAUGUUUAUCUCUUAGAAAUUGAGUUUAAUGUAGAUUUUAAUCAAUAUUUACUCAAAAUAUAAAACGAUUAAAUGUCUUGAUUGAAAAAUUAUAACAAAAAAUAACA